AUGCUUUAUUCCAUACACACUGAAGAAGAAGAAGAAGAAGAAGAAGAAGAAAGGGGCUAUCGCAUCCUGGUGAUGAGCUCUGUAGGUAGGAGUGGGUCUUCGUUCCUAGGACAGCUGGUGGCCCAGUUGCCCAACACGAUCUACUUCUUUGAGCCACUUCAUUUCUUGCAGAACCAAAGCACACAAGGAGUGACAUCUGAUAAUAGCAGAGAGCUCCUGAGUGAUAUCUUCGAGUGCCGCUUUACCGAAGACUGGGUGCGAUUCUCUUUAGGGAGGAAAGCUACUCUCACUCACUUGGAAGUCGAGAAGGAAUGCGCCAGAGACACAGGGGCCUACUUGGAUUGCGUCACGAAGCUUUGCUUGAGUCGAAUGAAUAAAGUCAUAAAGGUGAUUCGAAUGAGGGUGUCAUGGGUGCAAGAUCUCCUCAACAGAGAUGCCUCGCUGAAGGUGAUUCACAUAGUUAGAGAUCCCAGGGGUUCAUUUGCAUCUCUCAAGUCUCUCAACAUGGUCCAGAAGAAUCACAGAGAGUGGUGCCCAAAAAUUCAAGAGGACCUCGUAAUAGCAAAGUCAUUGGAAUCUUCGUUUCCAAAAUCAUUUACAUCAGUCAAAUACGAGGAUCUCUGCAGUGACCCAUUAGGAAUGUCCCUUCGAAUUUGGAAAUUUCUGGGGGAAAGAAACACCUAUUCUCUCCCCGACACUUGGAAAAUAUACCUGACAGAGCACACCAGCGGAUCCAAGAGAGGCAACUUUAGCACGCAGCGUGAUUCCCAAAAGGAAGCCGAGGCCUGGAGACAGGAAAUAAGCGAAGAUACGUUGCUGGAAGUUGAACGUGACUGCGCUAAAGUGUUGGAACUUUUAGGAUACAAUAUGUUUGGGUCGUUAAUUCACGCCAGGAAUAUUUCUUUGUCUCUGAGACGCAAAAAUAAACUCAAAUAGUACUGCCAUAUGAGAAGCUGUUGUUGUUAAAGAUUAAGCUGUCCUUGUACCAGCACGGGCUCUUGCUCAUGGAGCAGCCCGUAAUGAGAAGCUAUUUGUCGUCGUUAAUGAAACGACGACAAAUAGCUGUGCCAUCAUUCUUCCACCCUUCAUCAAAAGGACUAACCAUAAAUGAAGAUGCUUCUUGUAUAUUACAUUAUUCUAUAGCAGUGGUUCACAGCCUUUUUAUUAUCACUCCUCCUCUAAGAGGUGGUCUUUCCCUCCACGGCCCCUUGCAUCUAUAACGAAAAAUCCCUCCCAAAUUUAAAGGAAAAAAAGAGAAAGAGAAGGGGUGCUUAUUCUUUUGCUAAUGAAUUAUUGACAUCCUUCACAUUACUUCUUAGCUAGUAGAUCCUGAAUGCCAGAGAGUGCACAGUGUAAGUCUGUUUCUGUAUUUGGUCUUCAGAGCAACGAGUGUGGAAAAUGCAGCUUCACAAAGACAUGGAUCCGAACAUACUUAGGAUCCAAACGAGUUCAGCUAGAGUAGUAGACUAUAGGAAACUUGUUACGGGUUCUUAUUUAUAACCUGGCGGUAAUUAACAUUAGUUUAUUGAACAGAUUGCGAAUGAAACAGUGAGGACGAGUUAACAUCAGUGUUGCCGUUGUAUCCGGCUAUCCGCAUAAAGUUUCCGCAAGCGCUUAGUUACGUUUUUCAAGCGAUACUUGUUUACUUUUGGCCUUCUAUACGAAAACAAAGAAAACAAAAUUCUCACCUUACUCAGUAACCUAAAUUAUUUAAUUUUCUAAUUGUGAACAAUGUUUAUCCGUGUCUGUCACUGAUAUGUGUAAUAUCUGAAUCGAUGUGUUUGUCACUUUUUGACCAUAUAAUUAUACACUGUUCCUCGGCAUCCUUUUGAGGCUGUAUGUCACAUAUUAUAACACUA